AUGUCAUAUAAACGCUCCCGCGCAACCUACGAAGCCGAUUUCCAUGCACCCUUUGCAACAUUCGGCACUCCUCUCCCCGAUGAUCCCGAAGCCCGCGACGAUGGCUCGUUUGUUCCAGUAUGGAAACAGGAGGUGAGGGAUGAGAGGGGGAGAAAACGACUGCAUGGCGCGUUUACUGGUGGAUGGAGCGCUGGAUAUUUUAACACUGUUGGAUCCAAAGAAGGAUGGACUCCAUCGACAUUCGUCUCGAGUCGAAACAACCGACAAAAAGAAGGCACAGCUCAAGCACAGCAACGACCAGAAGACUACAUGGACGAAGAGGAUCUUGCAGAUGCCGCGGAAGCUCAGAAAGUACAAACUUCUCAGGCAUUUGCUGGUCUUGGGUCUUCUGACCAAGAUACCAACGCUGGAGGGUUAAUGGGCUUGCUAAGAGCUGAAGGAGACACCAUGGGUUUGAAGUUGCUACGACGCAUGGGCUGGAAGGACGGACAAGGCAUUGGUCCCAAGAUCCGAAGAAGCGCCCGGCUUGAUACUGGACAAAAGAACCCGGAAACCGCCGAAACGCAUUUGUUUGCGCCGGAUAAUGCUGAAAUGAUUCGAUUUAUCCGCAAAAGUGAUCGAAAAGGAUUGGGCCACGACGGCGAAGCCAAGUUGACGAGCCUCAACGCGAUUACAGCUGCAGCUGAUGAUGACAAUGACGACGACGACAGUAAUGGCUUCGAUACCUCACUCCGAAGCACAUCUUUGUUUUCUUCACAAAAAUCGAAGACGAAACCAGCGCGUGGAGGAAUAGGAGUGGGUAUCCUGAACGAUAAUGGAUCCGAUGAAGAAGACCCCUACGAGAUAGGGCCCAAAAUCCGGUACAAUCGCGUCGUCGGUGGUGACAAGAAAAAGAAGAAGGCGAAGAAAGCUUCGGCUACAAUUAAUCCUGCAUUGAAAAACGCCCCCGUCUUUGUGUCUCGAUCAGCUCGAGCAGGCAAUGGUCUCGGGAGGUGUCAUGACGGGCGAUUACCGCUUGAUGGUUUCGUGCUCGCCAAAAUUACAGAAGAUUUGUCUGAUCUCCUUUUGGAGUAUGCACCGCCUCCUGUCCCAGAAGGAUGGGUGUCAUCCAAAAUAUCCUCAGACCAGGCCAAUCCUCCAGACUAUAAAUCGACAGCUGACACCGCGAAAGCAUCCACCCAUGAUGCAAAGUCAAGGGCAGCUCUUCUUGGAGAAAAGAGCUUGCCUGGGAAGUCUGUCUUUGACUUUAUAAGCAGCUCAGCACGCAAUCGACUUGCUACGGCAUCUGGGAACAGCAGUCUCCCGCAAGGCUUGGGAGAAAUACCCGAAGGCUAUGCUAUUUCAGAAGAGGAAAGACAACAGGCGGUUUGGGACCAAACACCAAAGCUAGACCAAGAGACGGCUAUUGCAGCCAUCUCACGAGGCUCAUCUGGACCUUAUGCAGACAACGAGGAGAAAAAGGCACGUUAUAGGACCUACUUGGAACACUUUGCGACGGGCAGCCAACCCUUACCAUACAAACCCCGAGGCAUGGCUUACGAUGACUUUGCAAAAGAAUUAUCGGAAUUCCAUAAUUGCGCCAGGAUAUUCAAACCAAUGACAGGAUUUAUGGCAUCUCGCUUCACCACAGCCAAGAAGCCAUCAACCGUCUUAGCAAACGAACCCGAGGCGGACCUGUUAUCUAAACCAGAGCCCAAAAUAACUGAUCCGGCAGAAGAUGCAGCUAAGAUCGGCAUGUAUGGCAAGAUGACUCGUAAAGUCCAGGACUUUUACCCUACCAGAUUGCUUUGCAAACGGUUCAAUGUUAGACCGCCUGCACAUUCUCAGCCAGAUACUCAAACAGGAAUGGGUUCUGGCUCAAGAAAUCAUGAAGAUCCAAGACCUAUGGAUGAUGUCGAAAUCAGUUCAAGGUCACCGAAUGUGGAUAUCCAAAUGAUCGAAGGCACCCCUGCUGGAACUGUGCCACCAGCUCCUGAACUUGAACCGACCAUCAACCCAGACAAGAACGAAGCAGUGGAAGGGAAGACAGCACAUGAUGAAGUACUUCGAGCAAUUUUCGGAGAUAAAACCGCCAUCCUGUCUGAAUUUCAGGAACUUGGAAUUGGACCAUCUACGUCCUUGGACAACAAAACACCAUCACCUGCCUCGUCAAGACCACCAAGCACGCGCACAACUUCAAGCCAUCAUCGCGAACCGACUUCCGAUAACCUAAAAUCCGCCAAAGAGCCGGAAUCUCACAUUCUUUUGAAGUGCGAGCAGUCUCCACCGCCACAGUAUCCCGCCUCCGAACCUUCAACCUCGCGCCCUCCCCCCUUCUCGUCGCUCUUUACCUCUUCGACCAACGACGCUCACGAGCGCUCCGACAAAUUUGUCACCUUUACCUCUCACUCUCCUUGUGAAGCAGAGGCAUCAGGAUCCGCCGCGCCAGCAUACGAAUCUUCUUCUCCAAGAGAAGCGCUUCCGUUUGACCCAGACCAAAGCACUACUGCAUUUCGCGAUCCAGUCGCGGAAACCAAGCGCGCACUUCCUCGGGAUACCAAGGGAGAUUCUAAUCGAAAGGACGACGACGCAGAACCGCCUCCGGCUUAUUCAGAAGAGGGCGAUAGUCCCCUUGCCGCAUUCUCGUUCCUAAUGGCUGCCGCAGGAGGAGCUUCAAGCAUCAUCACCCAGGUGCAACAGGGCGGGCCGCCUGUUAGCACUCUGGGAGAUAUUGGUGCUGAUGAAACAAUUGCCAUGGACCUGAGGGGUACACGGUUUUAUCUCUCUAGAGAAGAGCUGCUCACUUUGCCUGAGUUUGUUCUUCUUUCUUUGUUCCCCAAUGGUCUAUUCCCUGAGGGUCAAAUGGGCGGUUUUUCGGACGGCGAUGCCGUGCAAGUAGACUACGACCCAGCUUCGCUUCAGUACAUGCUUGAUUUCUUCAGGGACGUCGCACAGUCUAUCCCCACAGACGGAUCACCAAGUGCUUCGCAAGACGAUGAUACACCCUCUCUUGGUACCUCGCGUGACGACUCUAAGCGAGCCGGCAUCAUUGUACUCCGUGAGGAUCUUGACUUUUACGCUAUCCCUCCCCGACCAGACAUCGGUCAGCUUGAUAUGAUUGCCGUGAAACGGGCAGCCGCAGAGGCCUUGCAGCAACAGGCUGGCAUCUUUUCCGGACUCAAGCGAAGUGACGAGCCCGGUACUACCGAGGCCCAUCUUAUUGAGAUGUUGACAGCAGGUGGCUUCAACCACGACGACAAAUGGGGCCACCGUGCUGGCGAGCCAAACAAGGCUGUCAUUUGUAGUUUGGCACUCGCCCGUCUGCGCAGCGACAUCCGAGGCAACGAGAUGGGCACCAACGCUGUUGGUAUGGCCCAGAAGCUUCUUCUCUUCUGGCGCAAGCCCGCUCGACGAUGCUGGUGGGAAGGUGUUGAACUCGAGAACGUUGCUGGUGUUGAGGGCAAGCUCAAGGUCUGGAUCCGAAGAGUAUGGACCCUUGAGAUGAGUGUUAUUGGCCUUCGUUAA